CUGAGGAUGGCGCCCUCUGGGAGGAAAAAGCAUUUUGAGAAAUCUGGGAAACUACCAAAGGAGAAUCAGCUUAUAAAAGCCUAUAACUUUGAGAAAGAAGCUAAAUAUGCCAGUAGUUCAGAAGAAGAUUUUCCCCAAGAAAGGCUUCCAAUAAUUGAUAAACGUGGAAGGAAAAGGCUUUCUGGAGGAAUUGCUGAAGAUGUGGGGGGUGAAGUGCACACUAUGCUGGAAAAAUUUGGAAUUGACAUUAACAGAGCUCUUCUUGCCAAGAGAAAAAAGCUAGAAAUGUAUACCCAGGCUUCUUUCAGAAACAGUACCCAGAGGAUUGAACAAGUUUGGAAAACACAACAAGAACAAAGGCAAAAGAUUAGCAAAGAAUAUUCUCAGCACUUUCAAACUUUGUUUCAGCAGUGGGAUACAGAUGUGAAGAAAUCUGGGGAACAAGAAGAAAAGCUAACUAAUGUACUUAAACAACAACAAAAGAUUUUUCAACAAUCGAGAACUAUUCAGCACCAAAGACUAAAAACACUUAAACAGUUAUAUGACCAGUUCAUAAAGAGUCUGGAGGACGUUGAGAAGAGUAACGAUGACAUGUUUACAAGCACACAAGGUGAACUUAAAAAGGAAAUGGCUUUGCUGCAGAAAAAAAUUAUGAUGGAAACACAGCAGCAAGAGAUGGCAAGUGUUCGAAAGUCUCUUCAGUCCAUGAUAUUCUGA